AUGAAGACCCGAGCAUCAAAGCCAACAACCACAGCUCUUGUCGAAGAGAAUGGCGUCCAAAGUGCCAUCCUCGAAACAAGCAGCAACAACCCUCCGCUACUAUUCGUCCUACCCGUAGGAGCUUCGCCAGAUGCUCGUGUUGUCACCUUGCCGAACCUGGCGACCUCAACCUCAAGUCGAUACUUCUUCUGUCCAGAAAGAGGAAUAUAUGACUUCACACGAAUCGCUGCGCCGAAGAGAGCAUCUCGCAGCUGCUUGAUAGCUCCUGACCACUCGAUCACCGGAAACUUGGAGGAUACUUCUGUUCUCUCGACAGGCUAUACUAUCGAGAAUGCCGAUCUAUACGUCACAACACCAGUCGACCCUCUGUUCAUCCUUCUACCUGCCUUGCUUCCCACUGCCGACUCGCACGAGCAGCUUUUCCUUACCAUUGACGAUCAUCUCGACAAGCUUGCCGAAGGAGCAAAGCAUCUGGCCCACCUGCUUCGUACCACAAAAAUCCAAGAGUCUUUCGAGGAAAGAGCAGAUGUAGUAUGCGACAACGUCGACUUAGGCCACGAGAAGAUGUUCCGUCUGUCCAACGAGAAGCUACUAGCUGAGCUCGUAAGGAAGGCCCAGCGAAUGGUUGCCAAUGGUCUUCCUGCAUCGAUAGAAAGCAACUUCGUUCAAGAAGCUCUCCGUGUACCUUUUAUCGCGGUCCAGCGAACAGAGUCACAAGACGAUGCGACACUAGGAGCACAAGCGACCACCGGACAUGACGCAGACUCCUCGACACAAUCAACAGCCACAAAACAAUCACAGCCUUCUCAAACCUCGGCUGUCACCGAAACCACCUCCGUCGCCUCAGAUGCCGAUUCUACUCCCGACAAUAUAACCUCUCUCCUCCGCCUCCGCACCGCUCUAAACCUACUCCUCUCGACCUACAUCCCGACUCCUCUCCACACCCCCUUGAACACACUUCUCGCGAGCCCCUCUUCCCCUACCGACUUCACUCCUCUCGAAACCCACCUCGCCUUUGUCGCUGACGCCAAAAGACGCGCCGCAGCCAUCCGCUCUCUCUCCGACAACAUAUCCCGCAAACGUAGCACUAUGAACGACGAGGAAGCCGAAGAAAGAGAAGCAACUAAGAGAAGGAAAAAGGAGGAAGAAGAGCAGAAGAAAAAGAAUACGAGCAGGGGUGUCAAGCAAUUGGGCAAGGUUAAUACGUCGGGUAUGAUGAAGUUGAGUUCCUUCUUCACCAAGGCCCCUGCGAAGAAGUAA